AUAUGCUUAUAAAUUGCUUGACCCAAGACUGUGGGUUUCAUAGUUUCACUGCACAUUCCGCAAUCAUGAGGAUGUUCCCGGGUCAAUAUCUGCUCAUUUUAGCACUUGUAUCGUUCUAUUCAGUACAUGCUGGUAUUGUUAAGAGGGCGGUGACAUCAAACUCGAGUACAUCUGAUGCUCCAGGAUCGGGAGGACCAGAUACAAGCAGUCUCCAAAAAUUGUUACAAGGCGUUUUAUCCGUUGUCCAACAAAUCCCCCUUGUUGGAGGUCUUCUCUCUGGUGUUGUCGAAUCUUUAGUGGAAUUAAUUAUUGCAGUGGAACUUUUAACAAAUGGAGCCCUUUCUCGUUUGUUGGGUGGUUCCCUGCCAUGCCUUGUUAGCUUGGACAAUGGUUUUGAAUGUACCGGAAUUACCCAAAAUGGUGGACUGUCACAACUCUUGGAGAAUGUUGUAAAUUCAUUACCUGAUAUGCUCGUGCCCGCAUUCCUCAAAAAUUUAAUAAACAUGUUGCUUAAAGGUCUGCUUGACCCUCUGCUAGAUGUCUUAUUAGGAGGAAAUCCAGACAUAAAAGCGUAAUAUUAGAAGAGCUGCAAGAAAUUUCAAGUUCAUCCAUUCAAUGUUUAUAAUGGCGCGAUUUUUAAUGAGAAAAUUGUAAUAUCGAUGAAAUGUUCCAUCCGAGAUAACAAUAAAGUUUACUAUUCUAAGAA